CUUCGAUACCAACCAAUACCCACCUCCAAUCGCACAUUCCUAUAUCUGCCCCCCCGAUACACCUGCAAUCAUGACUACUUGCUUCCAUCCCAGUUAUGCAUAUGCGCGUCCCAUCCCCCUUCAUCUAUGAACCCUGGAGGUAGUGGUGGGUGUCGUUGUCGUCGAACGCCAAAACCACCACAACGUCCAGCAUGUGAUACCGCCUGCCCAGGCCCGCCCAGUCCAAGGGUUCGGCGUGGUCGAACCGUCGAAGGGGCAGCCCCUUCACCUAGACCGAGCCUCCAUCUCGCGACGCCGUGCGACCCCAUCUUCGCAACCACCCCAGUCCCGCCCAGCCGAAGCUCGACGUGCAUCCCGUUCGUCCCCGGCCCCGUAUCGCCCCGCUUCUUCUACUUCUCCUUCUACUUCUUCAAGCCAUGGCUUGGUACAGCUACACUCACACGAAACGCGUCUCUCUUCCUCUGGUGUACUUUCAGGCGCCGCGGCGGCUGCACCAUGACAUGUAGAUGAUGACGAGGGGUUUUGCCCCGGUGAAGCGGGGUGUCGCCCAGAGGAGGGCUCGGCAGGGCCUAGAACGCGAGGAGGCCCGGCUCUCUGUGGUUGUCCCAUCCCACCACCUUUCAACACCUACUGCGACCUGUCAAAGCUGUAUGCGUGUG